GGAAACUGUAGUAGCGUCAUCGCAAGUCUACUUUUAGUCUUUGAUUCCCUGACCCCAGAGAUAUCAAUCCUCAAAUCCAAUUUGUAAUUACAAGCCCUAAUUCAAUCUCAAAUUCUUGCAAUUCGCACUCAACAACCAAAUCACCUCUCUGCUUACUAAAUUCCACCUGAUACCCAAAAGAUUGACGAAAAUUGAGUAUGAAGCUUGAAGAAAAUUCAACAUUUACCGCAAGAGGCUCGUGUUUCGUCUAAAGUAUCAGUUUCGCUUUGUAUAGUGGUCUGCUAGGGACUCACUGACUUAGCAGACUUUGAGCAGGACAGCAUGGUAAGCACUUUUAAUCCGCAGAUACUGGUUGACAAGCUGUUAAAGCUCAACAGCUCGCAGCAAAGCAUUGAGACUCUAUCACACUGGUGCAUUUUUCAUAUGAACAAAGCAAAACAAGUCGUAGAAACAUGGGAUAUGCAGUUUCAGUGUGCUCAUCGUGAGCAGCGCCUGCCUUUUCUAUAUCUUGCAAAUGACAUUCUCCAGAAUAGCAGACGAAAGGGUGCCGAGUUUGUUGCAGAGUUUUGGAAGGUUCUACCAGACUCUCUUCAUGAUGUUAUUGAACAUGGAGAUGAAAAUGCAAAGAGUGCUGCUUUACGCCUGAUUAGUAUCUGGGAGGAGAGAAAAGUAUUUGGCUCGAGAGGCCAAAUUCUCAAAGAAGAGUUUGUAAAGAGGCAAUUGGACAAUGGCAAUAAAACUCGGAACCUUAACGGACCUAAAGUGCAGCCGGCUGGUGGGAAUCCAUUGAAAAAACUAGUUUCUGGUUACGAAGCUGUAUCUAGCAGUCAUUUGGAUGAGGAUGCCAUUUUCAGAAAAUGUAGAAAUUCCAUAACCUUUGUUGAAAAAGUGGAUAAAGAAGUCGAUAGUGAUUCUCGAUUAGGCCAUGUCAAGGGUGGUAUAGGCGAUGAGCUCAAGGAGCAUAAUGCAGUUUUGAGGGACUGCAUCGAGCAACUCGCUGUUGUUGAAUCUGCUAGAGCAAAUCUUGUAUCUUUGUUAAGGGAGGCUCUGCAGGAGCAGGUUUAUAAGUUGGACCAAGUUCGAGAUCAACUUCAGGCAGCACAGACACAUUCUGAGCAGGCGGGCAAGCUUCUUGGUGGCAAUGGUCACAGACAGGUUCUCGUCGAGCAGAAUAGAAACGCAAUUCCAGCAUCUCAGAUGCCGCUGAAAUUGACACCUACAUCCGGGGAGCAGACAGCCUCUGUGACCUACACCCGGCAGGUGCCCUUUCCCGAAAACUCUAGCCACAUUGAAGAAGAUCCCAAAUCUGCAGCAGCUGCAGUGGCAGCAAAACUCACAUCAUCGUCGUCUUCCACCCAGAUGCUGACUUUCGUGCUCUCGUCUAUUGCAUCAGGAGUGAUCGGAAGCUCCAUCAACGGCCCCCCUGAGAAGAGGGCUAAGCUCGAGAAUGAACACCCUUCUUACAUCCCUAAGAAUGCUCCAGCUCCGGCUCCAGCUCCAGCCUUCGAGCAAUAUCUGCCGGUCACCUCGCAGGGGUUGGACUCCGAUGAAUCCCCACCCCCACCCCCACCCCCGCCACCGCCACCGCCAUCAUCUCCACCUCCCCCACCGCCAAUGCCACCACCUAUGCAAUCUUACCCGGUGCCCCAAUUCAUGCAAACCGUGAUGCCUGUUCUGGCCGGUCAGUACACCUACAGCCCGAGCCUGCAGCCACCGCUAACCCCACCUGGUUACGCCCCGCCUGCAGCCGGAGUGUCUCCGUUCUGUCCUCCAUCGACUGUUUACCAAAAUUUUCCCCCUGAAAGUGGUUUAUACGGUCAGCCAUCCUUACCGAUGACUCCGAUGAGCCGUCGGUAGAAUCAGUGCUGCGGUUCUUCUUGGUGUCUGUUGUGACCAUGUCCAUGGUGUAAAAAAGCUAGUUAAGCUUUGGUCCAGUAUACAGUAGAAAUGUGAUAAGAUUCGGAUUGGAUAUAGUGAUUUACCCAUUGUAGUUUAGGAUGUCUGUAACUUAAUUUCUCCAAAUUUAUUGGACUUUUACUGAGUUAGGGAAGUUUAUAUUUCGAGUC